AUGGUCAAAAACGUCGUAAUUGUGGGAAGCGGCAUGGCAGCCAUAACUGCUGCCCGUGAACUUUCAAGAAAUGGAAUCAAGGUUACCAUAUUGGAAGCGAUGGAUCGGCUGGGUGGUCGCAUCCAUACUGUAAAGCGAGGCGAGCGGAAGUACGAUCUAGGAGCUUCCUGGAUGCAUGACACUUUAGUGAACCCUUUAUUUUUGACAUGCGCCAAAGAAGGUAUCACCAUGGAAUACGAUGAUGAAAGUCAUGGAUACUUUACCAAAUAUGGGCCCAUUCCCAGAGAGUUGAACAUUACUGCUGUCGCUGAAGACUUAGACGGCAUGAUGGAGCUUGAUUACGGACUGGGAAAAUACCGACAACCAGAUCAAACCCUCAAGACUUACGCAAUUGAAUUCGUUAACAAAUGGCCUUUGAUUAGCGAGCGGAAUAAAAAGCUUGUACCGAGAUUAGCUCAAUUUCAUGAGUUAUGGACGGGUGUGCCUUGGAACGAAGCUGGCGCAGCCACUACUCUGCUAGAUUUUAUGGGUCGCAAUGCUUUCAUGAUAGAAGGGAUGUCUAGCAUCUAUGAGUUUGUGCGUAAAGAUGUCAAUUGGGACCAUACUGACGCCAUAACGAAUGCAGUCGUUCAGAAAAUUUCAACAGACGGAGAAACAUAUCUGGUGUCAACGGAUCAGAGGACCUAUGAAGCAGACUACGUCAUUUGUACAAUUCCUCUUGGGGGACUUAAAAAUUUCCACGCACAGCUGUUUGAUCUUCCUCUUAGCGAGAGUCUGUCAAAAGCCAUGAGAGAAGGCGUCAUGGGUGCUUUAGGUAAGGUUGUUCUUGAGUUCGACACUUGUUGGUGGCAUAAUGAGUUUGAUCAGAUCAAGUUUAUCGUCGACGAAGACCCGGAGAUUGAUCUUGGAUUGGGCCCCGGAAAUCAGCCCCUGGAUUUUAUAAAUGCCUUCAGAAAACAUCCCGCACACAAUCAGCAUGCUCUCAUCGUUCUCACUGCACCGCCUCUCACCCAGUUUGUUGAGGCAAAUCCUGAUAAGGCGUUCUCAUACUUAUUGCCGGCACUUCGUGCAAUUAGGAAAAACCAAAACGAAGAAGUCCCUGAACCAGUGUUCACUAUGUGCACAGACUGGACAUUGAACCCUUGGAUCGGAGGUUCGUACACUGGUGUUAAGGUCGGCCAUACCUUUGAUGAGACUGUUCAACCAUUUAUUGAAGGUGCAGAUAGAUUACGCUUUGCAGGGGAGCAUACAGUGUAUGAUGGGAAUGGAUGCGUUCAUGGUGCAUAUGCUAGCGGCUUGAGAGAAGCAGGAUGGAUCCUCGACCAUCUACAAGCGCCAGCAUCUGGAAAAUAA